AGAGAGAAAAGUGGGCAGAGAAGAGGGAGGCUGCGGCGAGGUGCGCAACGCGGGAGGGCUGCGGAGUUGGCUUGGCUUGGUUGGGCUUCGUUUUGGAGGAGCCGUAGCCACUAGCCACGUUUCCCUCUUCCCUCCCAAGCAAGCAAGCAAGAGCCUGACCGCCGGCGUGCGGCUGUGCUUCCUUCCAGGAUGGAGCGGGGCAUCCUCUGGCUGCUCUGCCUUUUGGGGCUGCUGUGCGCGCCUUGCAUCGGCUCCGCGCGCGGGCUCUUCCUCUUCGGCCAGCCCGAGUUCGCCGCCGCCUCCUCCUCCUCCUCGUCCUCCUCGUCGUCGUCCUACAAGCGCUCCAACUGCAAGCCCAUCCCGGCCUCGCUGCUGCUCUGCCGGGGGAUCGAGUACCCCAACAUGCGGCUGCCCAACCUGCUGGGCCACGAGACGCUGCAGGAGGUGCUGGAGCAGGCGGGCGCCUGGAUCCCGCUGGUGCAGAAGCAGUGCCACCGCGACACGCGCAAGUUCCUCUGCUCGCUCUUCGCGCCCGUCUGCAUCGACGACCUGGACGAGACCAUCCAGCCCUGCCACUCCCUCUGCCAGCAGGUCAAGGAGAGCUGCGCGCCCGUCAUGUCCGCCUUCGGCUUCCCCUGGCCCGACAUGCUGGACUGCGGGCGCUUCCCCCAGGACAACGACCUCUGCAUCCCGCCCGCCAGCGGGGACCACGUCCUGCCCACGCCCCGCGAAGCACCAAAAGUCUGUGAAGCCUGCAAAAGCAAGAAUGAGGACGACAAUGAAAUUGUGGAAAACCUGUGCAGAAAUGACUUUGCCCUGAAGAUAAAAGUGAAGGAGAUUGCCUACAUCAAUGGGGACACCAAGAUCACGCCUGAAACAAAGAGCAAAACCAUCUACAAGCUGAACGGGGUGACAGAGAGGGAUCUGAAGAAGACGGUGCUGUGGCUCAAAGGUGGCCUGCAAUGUACCUGUGACGAAAUGAAUGAUAUCAAUGCCCCCUAUCUAGUGAUGGGACAGAGGCUGGCCGGGGAGCUGGUGAUCACCUCCGUCAAGCGAUGGCAGAAAGGUCAGAGGGCGUUCAAGAGGUUUUCGCGCAGCAUCCGGAAGCUCCAGUGUUAGUCCCUUGCCGCACCGGGUCCUGUCUGUUCGCCAGCCACGAGCUCUUCCUGCACCUUCUUGCUUGAGCCUCAGAAGCACAGGAGGCAUGGGAGAGGCAGAGCCAUUUGUUGCUUUCUUUUUUCAAAUAAUAAUAAUAAUAAAGGGAGAAGAGGGAGCCAUUCCCAAUUCUGUACAUGUAGCAAAACUAUAAUUUACAAACAUCAUGCAUUUUCUUUACAUGACUGUAUCAAAGUAUCUUGCUUAGAGCUAGUUAUUUGCAGUGGUUCAAAGUGUGACUUUUGGGGGCGGGAAAGUAUAAUAACUUUUUGGGUUUCCAUUUUGAACAGGCCUUUUGUAAGUUCUGUGUGGCCUACAUUUCUGUACUGGGCAUCAGUUCAUCAAGCGUCAGCCCCAGUUUGCCAGGUUUGGCACUGACAUGGUAAGAAAGCCUCCAUGACAUACUGUUGCCCCAUCUUUUCUGUAAGUUUGUUACAAGAUUUCCAAAAAAUAUUAAAUCCCAGAUAUCACUGCUUGGUGGAUAUCCUAAAGAAGUUGCUAGCUGAAAAUGAUGAGCCAAGUCACCUUUUAAUGGAUUUAUUGCCACUAGAAAACAUGAAUCUGAAAGAAACAAGAGCUAGAGACUUCCUAUUACAGUAGAGCCUCGCUUAUCCUACAUAAAUGGGCCAACAGAACAUUGGAUAAGUGAAAAUGUUGGAUAAUAAGGAGGGAUUAAGGAAACGCCUAUUAAACGUCAGAUUACAUUAUGAUUUUACAAAUUAAGCACCAAAACAUCAUGUUUUACAACAAAUUGACAGAAAAAGCAGUUCAAUGCACAGUAAUGUUAUAUAGUAAUUAUUGUAUUUACGAAUUUAGCACCAAAUCAUUGCAAUAUAUUGAAAACAUUGACUACAAAAACAUUUACUACUAAAAGGCAGACUGUGUUGUAUAAUUGAAUGAGCAAAGGUUGGAUAAGCGAGAUUCUACUGUAUUACUGGCCACAAGUCAAAGUUAUUCCGGGCAUACUUGAUCCUGUCAGUUUCAGUGGACCUGAGCACAAAAUCCUUUGCACACUUACUUGGGAAUUAGCACUAUUUCAUUUAAUGGGACUUAAUCCUGUGAAUGUGUUUAGGAUUGGGUUGUUGUGAGUUUUCUGGGCUGUAUGGCAGUGCCCAAACACAAAUCAAGGAACAUGAAAAGCACUGCAGACUGACUCAACCAGAGAAGUCAGCCAUAGUACAGCACUUGAUGAACCAACCUGGACACAUCAUAUUAUUUGAGAACACAGAAAUGCUGGACCACCUUGACAACCACCAUGUCAAGCUACACAGAAGCUGCUGAAAUCCACAAGCAUGUGGACAGUUUCAACAGAAAGGAGGAAACCAUGAAAAUGAGCACAAUCUGGCUACCAGAAUUUUAAAAAACCUCUAAAAAUAGGACAGUAAAUAAAGAGCAACACUCAAAAGAUAGGAGAAUAGCAGACAGGAAACAAUCAGGGCCAGUUAACACCUUCCAACAAAGGAUUCCCCCAGGCAAGAAGCAGUGAGACUUUGAAGUUGCAAGGCUUUUUAAUGCUAAUCAAGGUGGCCAAUUGCAAGUUUCACACUUGCCUCCAACAGACAUGAGUUCUUUCUCCCACCCUGGACCUUACACAGAUAUAUAAACCCCACUUGCCUAGUUUCCAACAGACAUCACAACUCUGAGGAUGCCUGCCAUAGAUGUGGAUGAAAUGUCAGGAGAGAAUGUUUCUGGAACAUGGCCAUACAGCCCGGAAAAUUCACAACAACCCUGUGAUUCCGGCCAUGAAAGCCUUUGACAGCACAGUGUUUAGGGCUGUGCAACAAGUCUCUUUUAGAUAGUGACCAGGGAGAGGGAGAAGGGUUUUUGGCCACGAUUGGGUGGAAUUUGUUUUGGUAUGAAAACUGCAGUCUAUUUUUAUUCAUAUACAGAAAAAUACCAUUGUUGCAUGUGAUGCUUUUGCAGAAACUGCAUCAAUAAAGGCAUAUUAACCAUUUGCACACAAUAUUUUUUUACACAUUUGCCAGUAAUACUAGUUUUACAUUGAGCGAAUGCAUAUUUGAGGAGGUUUUCUGUUUUGUAUUAUUGUGAUACUUCUGCCUUCACAAAUUAAACCUUUUUUUAAGCCUAAGUGUAAUAUAACUAGUGGUUAUUCUGAAAAGAGUUGUAAAAUAUUACUUUAACAAAACCUGUAAAUAUUCCAGAUAAACCUUAUAUUCUUGUACAUAAACUUUACAUUGUA